AUGGAUCCUCAGCAUAGCGCUCAAGAUGUCCAGCGAUGUGAAAUCUGCGAUGUUAAUGUGGUGGAAAUGUAUUGUACAUCCUGUCCCUUUAACCUAUGCAAGGCAUGUGUCGGGAAUCACCUGUCUGACGAGCCUCAAAAACACAAAAUUGUCAAGUAUCAAGAAAGAAAAAAUGUGCCCAUUUUACCUAAAUGCAACAUCCAUCCUCAAGAUCGAUGCGAGAACUAUUGUGAAGACUGCGAGAUGCCCGUAUGUUCCUCGUGUAUUGCAUCUGAUUUGCACGAGCGACACAAAUUUCCAAAAAUUACUCAGAUCUCUAGCAGAAUAAAAGAAGUCAUCAAAAAUGACAUUAAUGAGUUGGAAGACGUCAUUAACCCUUCCUACAAAGACAUAGUCAAGCAACUAGAAUCUGAAAUCGCUGAAGUUGAUGAAAAAUACAAUGCAACAAUAAAAGGCAUAGAGGAACAAGGUGAAAAAUGGCAUCAAAAAAUUAAUCUUAUUGUUAGAACAAACAGAGAGGAAACUGAAAAAAUGAGAAAACAGCAGCUCGAGGCUCUGAAAGAACAACUGAAAAUGUUUAAUCAACUCCUCUCAAAAAUUGAAGAAUCAUUAAGAUCAAAUAAAGACAUUCUUAAGUCUUUAGAUGUUUCUAAAUCGUUAUCAUACUCGAGCCAAAAUUCUGCACUGAAGGCUCUACCACCGAAAGUUAAUGUCUCAGUUCCGCAGUUUUCACCCAAGACGAUUACGAAUGAGCAGAUUUCAGAGAUGUUCGGUACGAUAAAUGGGUUUUCCAUCACAAGUCAGGAGCAUGGAUAUCAGAUCAACGUGGAAGACGAGGACAACACGGUACAAAAAGAGCUGCUUCUUGAACCGCAGGUUACGUACAUUUUAGACACAGGACUUCAGGAUCAGGGAAGUAUAACUUGUCUGAAUGAUGAGGAAAUAUGGACGUCUGGCUUUGACAGUGCUUUAAAACUCUUCAAAGUUGGUAUGCCCUCUCAUAUAAUUCGUCUUAGCUUUGGAGUACUGGGAUCAGCAGUUGUAAAAGAAGUGUGCACGGAAAUUGGAUACAAAGACAUUACUGUGACCAGAACUGGAGAACUGAUUUACUGUAAUAGAUCUUCCAAAAUAUUAAAAAUCACAAGAAAUAAAAUGGAUCUGAAGAUCAACAUAAAUGAUUGGGUCAUUUUGAAUGUCUGUACCACAGUAUGUGAUGAGCUUUUGGUAAUGAUGGUUAAUGCCAGUAAAACACAAUCUAAAGUCGUCCGUUUUGCCAAUUCAAAGGAGAAACAAUCAAUUCAGUUUGACGAUGAAGGAAAACCCUUGUUUUCAUUAGGCAUUUCAAGCAAAUAUAUAAGAGAAAAUAAAAACAGAGAUAUUUGUGUUGCAGAUCGUGAUGCCAGUGUUGUAGUGGUCACAAAUAAUGCCGGAUGCUUAAGAUUUCGAUACACUGGACAUAGCAGUGCUCGAGAGAAUAAACCAUUUAGUCCCUCUGGAAUAGCCAUGGACAGUCAGGCUCAAAUACUUGUGGCAGAUACUAAUAACGACUGCAUUCAUAUCAUUAAUAAAAAUGGACAAUUUCUCAGUCACUUUUUCAUCUGCAACAGACCAAUGGGGUUAGCUGUUGACAGCAAUGAUAAUCUUUUUGUUGCUGAAAAAAGCUCUGGGAAGGUAAAACGAAUCAAGUACCUACAAAACUAA